AUGUCAGGUGCGCCAGGUCCUCCUGGCGCCGGGGGCUGGCCAACAUACUUCGGUAAAGGGAAGGGUCGCCAGGACGCGGCUGAUCUCGAUGCCUCUGGGUCUUCUUCAUGUCAAUGGUGGUCUUACUGCAGAGACUGUGACCGUGUGCCGGACGAUGUUAUGGCUUGCAUUCAGGCAUCUCACGAAUUACCGAACCUUUGGACAACAAUGACUGUCCUGAACCCUGCAUACACUGAUAAUGGCAACGAUAUUACGCAAAGCACUGCGUUCUCGUUGCAAAGGCCAGCAGCGAUUUCCAAGUGA